AUGAGUGAAGUUUGUCCGAGAGCAUCGGAGAAAGAUAGACGCCGGCGGAGGACGGAGGCUGCGAGUGAGGUCGGCGCGCCAGACUCGGCGGCUCCGCCGGCGCGGGGCGGGGCGGGGGCGGGGGGCGGCGGCGCCGGCAGUCCCCGCGCGGCGCGCGCCCUGCACGGACUGCAGUGCGAGUGUAGAGCGGAGAGCGGCUCGGAGUGCAGUGCGGUGGGUGCCGGCGAUGGCGCCGGGCGGGCCCGGCGCGCGCUGAGCAUGCGUGUGGGCGCGGCGCCGGCGCUGGCGCUGCUGGCGCUGUGGCUGGCGGCGGCGGGCGGCGACGGCGGCGGCGGCUGCGUGGCGGCGCCGGGCUGCGCGUGCGCGGAGGGCGGCGCGCGGCUCGCGUGCGCGGGCGCAGGGCUGCGGCAGCUGCCGCCGCUGCACGCCGGCCUGCUACAGCUCGACGUGUCCAACAACAACAUCACGUCGGUGCCGCGCGACGCGCUGCUGCCCGCCGUCGCGCUGCGCGACCUGAACUUGUCCGCCAACCGGCUGGAGUCGGUGGGCGGCGGCGCGUGGGGCGGCGCGGCGCUGGCGCGGCUGUGGCUGGACGGCUGCGGCCUGCGCCGGCUGCCCGCGCAUGCGCUGCGAGACCUUGCGCACCUGCAUCUCCUGUCGGCGGAGGACAACGAGCUGCCGGAGGUGUCGGCGGAGGCGCUGUCCGGCGCACGCGCACUGCGCACGCUGCGGCUGUCGCGCAACCUGCUGCGCUCGCUGCCCGCCGCCGCGCUGCGGCACGCGCCGCACCUGCAGGCGCUGGAGCUGGCGGGCAACCUGGUGUCGGAGCUGGGCGAGGCGGCGCUGCCCGCGCUGCCCGCGCUGCACACGCUGAACUUGAAGCGGAACCGGAUCACCUACAUCGAUGAGAAAGCUUUCGUCAACACUCCCGCGCUGCGCGUGCUACGUUUGGAGGAGAACUUGCUGACGGAGUUACCGACUGCCGUGCGCCUGCUGCCGCAGCUGGAGGACCUGUCCGUGGCGAGCAACCGCAUCGAGGUGUGCGCGGAGGGCGCGCUGCAGGGCUGCCGGCGGCUGGCGCGGCUGGAGCUGCAGCACAACCCGCUGUCGCGCCUGCCGCCGCGCGCGCUCGAGCACCUGCCGCACCUCCUCACGCUGGUCCUGUCGGAGGCGCGAGGGCUGCGCUGGCUGCCGUCGCUGGCGGGCUGCGCGCGCCUGCGCACGCUGCGCGUGGACCGCGCGCGGCUCACGGCGCUGCCGCCGCGCCUGUGCCGGCACCUGCCGCAGCUGCGCACGCUGGAUCUGAAACUGAACAGACUGCAGGAAAUACCGGACCUGCGCGACUGCGCCGAGCUGCGUGUCCUGGACCUAUCGUCGAACGAGAUCUCGUCGCUGGUGUUAGAAGCGGGCGAAGACAGCGAGGGCGCGGCGGAGGAGGACGUGAGCCUGCUGCGCGGGCUGGCGCGGCUGCAGGACCUGGCGCUGCCGCACAACCGGCUGCGCCGCCUGCCGCGCCACGCCUUCACGCCCACGCCGCGCCUGCAGACGCUGAACCUCGAGGGCAACCAGAUCGAGCACAUCGACAUGGAGACGUUCGUGCCCAUCUCCAAACUGGAGGAUCUCAACGUGGGCGAGAACCAGCUGGCGUGGCUGCCGGCGGGCGGGCUGCAGCGGCUGCGCCACCUCAAGGCGCACAACAACCCCGCGCUGAGACGCUUCCACCCGCCCGAGCUGUUCCCCAGGAUCGAGACGCUGGUGCUGUCGUACGCGUACCACUGCUGCGAGUUCCUGCCGCUGAUGGAGGGCAGCACGGGGGCGGCGGGGGCGGCGGGAGGCGGCGCGGGGGGAGGGUUCACUGACCUCGUGCUGCGCCCGCCGCAACACAUCGACCCCGCCGCCUGGGCCAACGCCACCGACAUCUGGGCGCACUACCUGAACGCGUCGGGCGGCGGGCGCGCGCUGCUGGGCUGGGAGCACGCGGAGGCGUGGGCGGCGGGGGGCGCGGGGGCGGCGCCGGCCGGCCAGCGGCGGGUGCACUGCCUGCCGCUGCCCGGGCCCUUCCUGCCGUGCGUGGACCUGUUCGACUGGUGGACGCUGCGCUGCGGCGUGUGGGCCGUGUUCCUGCUGGCGCUGCUGGGCAACGGCACGGUGGUGUUCGUGCUGGUGUGGUCGCGCUCGCGGCUCGACGUGCCGCGCUUCCUCGUCACCAACCUGGCCGCGGCCGACUUCUGCAUGGGCGUAUACCUGGGGCUGCUGGCCGUGGUGGACGCGGGCACGCUGGGCGAGUUCCGCGCGCACGCGGUGGCGUGGCAGCUGUCGGCUGCGUGCCGGCUGGCCGGCUUCCUGGGCGUGCUGUCCUCCGAGCUGUCCGUGUACACGCUCGCCGUGAUCACGCUCGAGCGCAACUACGCCAUCACGCACGCCAUGCACCUCAACAAGCGGCUGUCGCUGCGGCACGCGGCCGCCGUCAUGGCGGUCGGCUGGGCCUUCAGCCUGACGGCGGCCGCGCUGCCGCUGCUCGGCGUCUCCGACUACCGCAAGUUCGCCGUGUGCCUGCCCUUCGAGACGAGCACGCCCACGUCGCUCGGCUACGUGGUCGCGCUGCUCGUCAUCAACGGCGUCGCCUUCCUCGUGCUCCUCGGCUGCUACCUCAAGAUGUACUGCGCGAUCCGCGGCUCGCAGGCGUGGAACUCGAACGACUCCCGCAUCGCCAAGCGCAUGGCGCUGCUCGUGUUCACCGACUUCCUGUGCUGGUCGCCGAUCGCCUUCUUCGCGCUGACCGCCGCGUUCGGCGCGCAGCUCGUGUCGCUCGAGGAGGCGAAGGUGUUCACCGUGUUCGUGCUGCCGCUCAACUCGUGCUGCAACCCCUUCCUGUACGCGAUCCUCACGAAGCAGUUCAAGAAGGACUGCGCGCUCGUGUGCAAGGCGAUCGAGGAGUCGCGCGUGACGCGCGGCAUCGGCCGCUGCCGGCACUCGUCCAACUUCAGCAAUCGGCAGACGCCCGCCAACACCAACAGCCUGAACGAGCGCUCGUCGCGCGGCCAGCACGGCGCGGCGUGCGCGUGCCGCCGCCUGCUGGCGGGCGAGCUGGAGGCGGCGGCGGGGGCGGCGGGGGCGGCGCGGGGGGCGCGGGGGGCGCGGGCGGCGCCGGCGCCGCGCCUGCUGCGCUGGCUGCGCGCCUGCGGCCGCCGCGCGCCGCCGCCCGCGCCCGCGCCCCGCGCGCAGGCCGCGGCGCCCGCCCGCGCCGGCUCCGUGUCGUCGUCCGUGGAGUUCUCGUCGUCGCGCUCCGACUCGUGGCGCACGUACGGCCGGCCGCCGCCGCCGCCGCGCCGCGCCGCCUCGUGGCUCGUGGCGCGCAAGACGUCGCAGGACUCGAACCUGUCGUCGUCGCGCAACGACUCGUCGGGCUCCAACGCGACGGCGUCGACGGGCACGUGGCGCACGUCGCGCUCGGCGGGCAGCGCGGCGCCGGCGGCGCGGCCGCGCCUCACGCGCCAGCCGGCCGUGCAGGCCGAGGAGCCGCCGCUGUCGCCGCCCGCCGCGCGCCUGCUGCACACCAUCCCCUCGGCCGCCGAGACCGAGCCGCAGCCCGACGACGACGCGCGCUAGCGCCGCCGCCCCCGCUCUACACGACAGUGUCUUACAGUGACCGUCCACUCGACCGCGCCGCGCUAAAUAAUUACUUUCUAGAACCUAAGUGAUAUAUGAAGAGUGAAUUGACCGUGGAUCGGCGAAUAUUGACGUACCUAGCAGACGAAUAAGUAAAUAUAUUUUGUACAGUAUUAAAACGUGACAAAUAUGAAAUUUAAUGACACGUACCUACCUACCUAGCUAGCUCCUUGAUAAACAUUAUUUAUUUAAAUGAUUUUGUUGUCAUAGCACUUACCCGUGCUUAGGGGAUAUUAUUUAUUUAGAAAAAUCUAAGUUUUAAUUUAAAUAUUCGUGUUUGCGGUCGGUUAGAAGCCGGUUGUCGUUACCAUAGCUGUUAUAUAAAUAUUACUGAGAACUGAGAUUUGAAAAGUAUACCGACGUACUGUGUACGCGCAGCCUAGGUAUAAUAUUGUUAAGUAUAUAUUAUUUUACCUACUUACUCAAGAAAUUGUUAAUGUAGAGUAGAUAGAGCCCUUGCGGGAGACACGCAGUAUUCUUGUGCAAGUGUACGUAGCUAGGACGAAAUUAAUUAAAGUAAUUCAAUGUUCUCUGACCGCCGGCCGCCGGCUGACGUCACACUGCCAUGUUAUGUUUGUGAUGUGCUCUUCCAUGCCAACGUUAUAUUCAUCGACUUUUGAGAAUUUAUUAUAAGCGUUACUAUUAUUAUUUAGAUAUUUUAGCCAAUAAACUAUAAUGUUGUACAAUUUCAGAUAACUUUAUCAAUUAUACCUUUUUUAACAUUUAGAAUAUUUUAAUAUAAUAACAAAAUUAUCUGAAUAUGAUGUUUGUGAAUCUCAUCCAUAUUAUACAUAUUAUCCAUACGUGUAUACUUUGACUACUUCUGAAUCAACACUACGUCUGUACUUCUUCUAUACAUUAUAGUACAUAUAAGUAGUGCCUACGUAUUGUACCUACUAUACAAUUAAAUAGAACAAAAGGUGCAAUGUGUACGUACGUACGUACGAGGAUUACCAUGUGAUUCCUACGAGCAACUUGUCACUAUCCGUUCGUCCAUAUAUCAUUGUCUUUGUUUUCAAAGACAACCGACAAACUUGUUCGCCUUUUGAUGAAACUACCCAGUUUCGGUGUAUUAAAUAAUACUGUUCCCGAUAUAAUAUGCCGAGGUAUGUUACCGUACCGAAUCACAAUGGUGCACUCGCCAUACCAUGUGCCAUGUUCUCGUCCAUUCUUAUAUCUAAUAAACAUAGGGAAUAUAUUAGACAAUUAUAAAUUAUUAUAUGCAAGUAAUACUGAAAUAACAUAUAUAUAUUUAGUACAAAUAAAUGGCAAGCUAUAUUCAGUCAAGAAUAAAAUUGUUGAAUAUAAAUGCAGUCCAGAAGGUAACUCAACGUCACAUUGGUUACAGUUUUGCUCAAUGAAAUGUUUACUUUGUAACAAAUACCAAAUGAUAUUUAUAAGAAUAAUUAGUGUAAGUAGGCCAUUAAAGGAAAAUAAAUAACGUAAAGGACGUUGAUGAUAUCAAACUUACCGAUUGAAGUUGACGUUGUCUUUAAAAAUGUAGAAAUGGACCGAUUCAACGUGCUGUUUGUUAUCUCAUUGCCGAAUUGUGCUCGAGGAAGAUGAGACUUGGUAUCAUCAACCGCCUACUAAGUAUAUAGAUCUAUAUAUUAACAAUUAGUGUAGAAUAUUGCGAAAAGUUUACAAUGAAGUUUGUUUGUUGACAAUGAAGUAUUUAUGUCAAGUGAGAGUUGUACAUAGCGUGUAUAUUAUUGAAGUCGCGAGUGGCUGAGAGUGAUAUUUAUUUAUUCAAUUUUUAUCGUACAAUACAUGACAAAUCGUCGCA